AUGGGGUCCAGAAGAUAUGACUCGAGAACCACAAUUUUCUCGCCUGAGGGAAGAUUAUAUCAGGUAGAAUAUGCGUUAGAGUCCAUUUCUCACGCAGGUACGGCCAUUGGAAUCAUGGCCAAGGACGGAAUAGUGCUGGCAGCCGAGCGUAAGGUGACCAGCAAACUGCUGGAGCAAGGCAGCUCAAGCGAAAAACUAUACAAACUGAACGACAAUAUCACGGUGGCAGUGGCAGGUUUGACGGCCGACGCAGAAAUCCUGAUUAAUACUGCAAGAGUAUAUGCACAAAACUAUCUGAAGACGUACAAUGAGGAAAUCCCCGUGGAGAUUCUGGUGAGGUACCUGAGCGACGUCAAGCAGGGCUACACGCAACACGGUGGCUUGAGGCCGUUUGGUGCCUCGUUUAUUUACGCAGGUUACGACAACAGGUAUGGCUACCAAUUAUUCACCUCCAACCCCUCCGGUAACUAUUCUGGCUGGAAAGCCAUCAGUGUAGGAGCUAACACAUCUGCUGCGCAAACGCUCUUACAGAUGGAUUACAAAGACGAGAUCACUUUGGAGGAAGGCAUCGAGCUGGCGCUCAAAACUCUCUCGAAGACCACAGAUGCAAGUGCCUUGACCGCGGAAAGGGUAGAGUUUUCAACGAUAACUAAGCUGGACUCGGGCAAGGUAGUACAGAAAAUUUUCAAGCCACAGGAAAUCGAAACGUUACUGAACAAAACUGGCGUGACCAAGAAGGAGGAGGAUGAAUAA